CUGUGAUUGGGAAUAAUUUCCUUUCUAAGCGGGCGCUGUCUGCUGAGGGAAUCGAAGGCUGCCCACGCUUGCAAAGCUAAAGCCUUCCUCCGAGUUACGCCAAAAUACGCUUGUUAUGCUUCUAUUUCGAGAGGCUUCUCACACUCAGUGGGAUAUUGUUGAAACAGCGAGGGUUGUACGUUUUAGUGGUAGGAUUUUCCCUCUGGCUGCAGAUACCAUUCACUCCUGUGUUUGAGCUCUGUGUAAUACAUAUGUUUAAAAUAAAAUAAUAAUAAUAAACCCCCCUUUCCCCUCACAGCUGCAGAUUUCCCUUCUAGCUUCUCUGGUUUCAUUCCCAAUUCACAGAGUAAAAAAAACUUCCAGUGUUUCCUCUAAUGCUUUCUCCCUGUGGUUAGCCCUGCUUCUUGGCGCUGCUGUUUUCAGCUGGAGUUGUCCAAGCUGCCAGCUUUUUCUAGGUGGAAAAGACAAACUGUGGUGGGUGCGGCGUGGGUUGCAUUCAUUCACAGAGCCUGCUUCUCAAGGCUUCCAGCAGUCACAUUCACCAGCAGAGUUUGGGAAUAAGCUGCCCCUGGCCAGGUCUUGAGGUCACGUUAUGAACUGGCUUUGCACAGGUGCGUAAAUGAGCACAUGCAUCUUUGAAACGUCUUGUGCCAAUACAUCCAACUUGUGCUUCUGCCUUUCCUUGUUACAUUUUGAAUAGGUGUGCUGAAAUUAGUAGAAAUAGACCUUGUAGAGAACACUCUUGGCCUUGAAACGUACUACUUUUGUUUUACAAGGCUUGAGGACUUUGUUCUCAAAUCUAAGGUCUGUGGCUUUUUGUGCCAUGGCCUGUGCUACAUAGUGCAGUAGUAUUUCAUGUAAGUUGGGAACAUGAACUCUUCUUUGCGACUACAAACUGUUGCUAUCAAAGCUUUUAUUGGUGCUGAAAAGGAAUUAAAAAGUUUUAGGUGGAGUUCAAUAGUAUAUCCUAUUUUUGAUGCAGCUCUGUUUUUUUCUUCUAGGCAUAGAUGAAAAAAGUUUUGUUCUCUCCCUGUCUCGUGUGUCAGUCGAUGAAGACUGAGGUGUUACCAUAAACCAGCUAUUUAGGAGAGAACUGUAGCAGAAACCAAGUGUCUUCAUCUACUGUCCGUAUGAUUAAGGCCAUGUUAUGCUUCCAUGUGUACAGUAAGCAUUCUGAAGUGAUCUCUUGUGUACUGGAGAUAAUUAGUGUCGUUGCAGUUAGUGGGUUACUUGCAGGAAAAGCCAGUUUUUCAGUUUGUCUUCGGGUUGUGCAUCUGUCAUAAUUCAGCUUUCUUCCCAUUCUGUCUCUGCAGCUGUUCAGUGUAAUUUAUUAUAGUGACACCCAUUAACAUGGGUACAGUUAAUUGUCUGUCAGAGUUUGAAUUACAGACUCUUUCUACCCAGACGUUUAUACAGCCCUUAAAGAUACUCUGGUAAGAAUUGUGCUGAAUAAAACCUUUGACCUGCGGAAGUAGAUUUUCUCAAACGUAGUUAUUUUAAAAAGUGUGAUUCUGUUUCAUUAUUGGCAUGACAAAGACUUUGACACACUUCACAUCUUUCUCUUUGACCAUAUAUCUACUGGAGGUCAAACUGAGUGACAGAAGUCUGUGGUGUCCAUGCCUGCUCAGUAGAAGCAUAAAAAGUUCUGUGGUGUCUUCCGUGCAAGUGUGUGUGUGUGUGUGUAUAUAUAUAUAUAUGCAGUAUAUGGGUGUAUAUGUGUGUGGAUGCACAUCUGCAGUUUUAUAUGGGAUAAUGUCUGGAUUUUUCCCAGGAGGCUAGGGAAAAGGAUUCAGAUUUCAUUUAUUUGUACCUGUGCCAUCCCCAUACUUCAGUGUAGGUGGAAAAAAGGGAAAGGGAAACAUUUUGGUAUUGCCAUCCAGCGUAGCUUCUGCUGCUUGUUGGUUCUUUUAAAUCAAUCUCUGGCUGAGCUAGGAAAUGAGGAGUGCGUGCUGGUAAAGCAUUGCUGCACUGGGUCAUGACACUGACACUAACCCGCUGCACUCCCAGCCAUGGCUGGGAGGUGAGCAGAAGUGCUUGUAUUCCUGGUUAUUUGUGUAGAGUUAGAUGUUUGUGGCUCACCUCCACAGGGGUAUGUAAAUCCAAAUGUUACUUUGUGGGCUGAUAUUGAUUUUGGAUUAUCAUCUACUCAUUUCAUUUGCACAGCAUUUUACAGGCAUCUUGAAAAUGGUUUAUUGCUCUCUCUGAAAUACAGUAACCAGAGGAAACAUUUCAGGUAUUGUAAUCUUGUCUUAAACAUGAGCUGAGUAGCAAUUUUACCUGUAAGUCCAGAGUUAGCUUUGUAUGCUCAAAGUGUUCACCCAGUCAAUGGGUGAAGCCCAGAGCUCAGCUCUCCGAGCUAGCGUGAUGAACAAGGAUGGAAAAAGCCACUGGUGCCACCUCUCUGGGGAGUAUCGUGCCUUCAGCUGCUGGGGCGGUGCAGCAGAGCCCGUUGCAAGCUGUGCCGGCCUCACCAGUGCAGCCCUGCUGUGCCAGCUCAUCUAGGGGUGCUCAGUGUCUAAAAAGUCACAGCCUCUGCCUCAUCUGCAUCAUUUAUUGCCAUGGUGUGAUGGUGUGAAGCGCUCUUAGAUGCUCUGUUCCCCCUCAGAGAUGUAGUAACAUAGCCAGCGGAAUCGCAGCUGUUUCUGCAAAGCUGUGUUUGAAGGCUGGCAUUUGCCAGAGUCCACUUUCCCCCCAGUAAAUGGAUAAAUAGUAUAGCAGAGUUCUCAGUAGAAAUAACUGCUAGCAUGCUGGAUGUUGCUCUGCUCAAUUGCCUGGUCUCUGGAAGGAUGGUUUUGAAGGGAAGAAACAAUGAUCUUUUCAGGAGGUGAAACCGAAACAUUACACAAAAGUUAGUAAGGCUCUCAGCCGUAUUAGAACUGGCCUCUUAGGCAGAUCCAAACUUUGCCCUGUGCGAGCGCUGUCAUGAGCUGUGUCGGGAGCGCUCCCUCGUGUCACUGUAAGAGGUAGAGGUAGAAUCAGAGCAAAAAUACUCACCAGAGGGCUCCAUCUGAGGGCUUCUCUGUUAUUUGGAAUGGCAACGAGCGUCUGCUUAUUUGUAUGAAACAACUCUGCUUAUCCCACUGGAAUCUCUGGGUUACUGGGAAUUCACGUGUGUGACUGCAAACUUGGGGACUGUGUGGUUUGGGUGGUGCAGCAGCCUGCGUUAGGUUAGGGCUGCUGGACUGCAUUGCAGCUUACUCUGCAGUUGGACAGUGCAUGGGCAAAUGCCCUUGCGGUGCUGGUGUGUGGGUUUGGGAAAAGCAGCAACGAACAUGUUAGUGAUCGAAGAUGCAGUGUUCAGGGGCGCUGCGUGGCUGGCUGUUGCCUCAGAGAAGUGCUUGUUUUGAGAAGAGGGUUUAGAAGCAGUUCUGCGGCAUGUGUGGACGGAGCGAAUGUUUGGUGGAAACUCCUGGGCUAAACAGCAAUUAUGUGGUUGCCUUCGAUUUUGGGGAAUUGAGCUCAGUAGCCUGGGUGGUCCCUUCCUGUCCUGCAAGUGUCACAGGCUGCGCUGCAUAGUUUUUAUUGUAAUGAGUCUAAGGCUUGGCUGAAAUGUUUCACCCUUUUUGUGUGAUCCUGCUCACAUGUGAAUUCUCUUCGCUUGCACGCAUAAUGAUCAUAGCCAAUUUGUACCAUUAAACCCGGUGUGCUACAGUCAGCCCUGAGGAGUUGCCUUUACUUCUGACCUGUUGGAGUCGGCUGACCUGCUUCCGUUUCAGAUUGUUUUAUUGAGAUCAGAGGCUGCCUGCUGUUUCCCGUGGAGAUCAUGAAACGACGUCGGCUUCCUAGCAGCAGUGAGGAUUCUGACGACAAUGGCAGUCUGUCCACCUGGUCCCAGCAUUCCAGAUCUCGACGUCGGAGGACUUCGUGUUCCAGGCAUGAAGAUCGAAAACCUUCUGAGGUGUUCAGAACGGACCUGAUCACUGCCAUGAAGUUACAUGACUCCUUCCAGCUGAACCCUGAUGAAUACUAUGUGCUGGCAGACCCCUGGAGGCAGGAGUGGGAAAAGGGAGUGCAGGUGCCAGUUAGCCCAGGGACCAUCCCAGAACCAGUAGCCAGGAUUGUGUCUGAGACAAAAGCUGUCACGUUUACACGUCCCAGGAAGUACAUUGCUUCGUCAGGCUCGGAGCCUCCAGAGCUGGGCUAUGUUGACAUUCGGACCUUAGCAGACAGCGUGUGUCGCUAUGAUCUCAAUGAUGUGGACGUAGCAUGGUUGCAACUUGCCAACGAAGAAUUCAAAGAAAUGGGGAUGCCUGAGCUGGACGAGUACACAAUGGAAAGGGUCAUAGAGGAGUUUGAACAACGGUGCUAUGACAACAUGAACCAUGCUAUCGAGACAGAAGAAGGACUUGGGAUUGAAUAUGAUGAAGAUGUUGUCUGUGACGUCUGUCAGUCUCCAGAUGGAGAAGAUGGCAACGAAAUGGUGUUUUGUGACAAAUGCAAUAUUUGUGUGCAUCAGGCAUGUUACGGGAUCCUGAAGGUGCCGGAGGGCAGCUGGCUGUGCAGGACCUGCGCGCUUGGUGUUCAGCCCAAGUGCUUGCUGUGUCCCAAGAAGGGUGGCGCCAUGAAGCCGACCCGGAGCGGCACCAAGUGGGUUCACGUCAGCUGUGCUCUGUGGAUUCCAGAGGUGAGCAUUGGAAGUCCAGAGAAAAUGGAGCCCAUUACAAAAGUGUCUCACAUUCCCAGCAGUAGAUGGGCAUUGGUGUGCAGCCUUUGUAAUGAAAAAGUUGGGGCUUCUAUACAGUGUUCAGUGAAGAACUGCAGAACAGCCUUUCACGUCACCUGUGCGUUUGACCGUGGCUUGGAGAUGAAGACGAUACUGGCAGAGAAUGAUGAGGUGAAAUUCAAGUCGUACUGUCCCAAGCACAGCUCCACCAAGAAAGCAGAUGACGAGACCUUCAGUGAGAGCCCGGGCCAAGAGAAUGGGAACGGGAUUCAGGACAGCUCUCUUCCUGCCCACAUCGAUCCUUUCCACAGCAUGGAUCAAAACCAGGAGGAGGCCCACAGAGUCAGCCUCCGCAAGCAAAAGCUCCAGCAGCUGGAGGACGAGUUCUAUACUUUUGUUGAGUCUUCGGAAGUGGCUAAAGUGCUGCGGCUGCCUGAGGAGCCGGUGGGAUUCCUUUACGAGUACUGGAAGCUGAAAAGAAAAGCCAACUUCAAUAAGCCUUUGAUUACCCCAAAGAAGGAUGAAGAAGACAAUCUGGCCAAACGAGAGCAGGACGUUCUGUUCAGAAGGCUGCAGCUCUUCACACACCUCCGGCAGGAUCUGGAGCGGGUGCGUAAUCUCACUUACAUGGUGACCCGAAGGGAGAAAAUCAAGAGAUCUGUUUGCAAAGUUCAAGAACAGAUAUUUAACAUCUACGCAAAGCAGUUGGAACAAGAAAGAGUUUCAGGUGUGCCUUCCUCAUUCUCCUCAAUGGAAAACGUGGUGUUGUUCAAUAGUCCAUCUUUGGGUCCCGACGCCCCUAAGAUAGAGGAUUUAAAAUGGCAUUCUGCGUUCUUCAGGAAACAAAUGGGCACAUCUCUAACACACGCUUUGAAAAAACCACACAAGAGAGACAGAGUAAGAAAUAGCUCUGGGAACGACAGCAAGUCCAUGCUGAGGCAGCCCAGCCAGAGGGAAGGUGGCGUGGCUCCAGGUAGCUUUUUAAAUUUUGACAAGACCUUUGCAGAAACACGGAUUGUAUCAGCACAGCAGAAAAACGGCAUAGUUAUGCCAGACCACAGAAAAAGAAGAGACAAUCAUCCACAAUGCGAGGUAAUCAAGGCAGAACUAAAGGAAAAAACUUCCAAACACAACCACAAACCACUGAGACCCACAGAACUCUCUCAGAGGCAAUCAGAAAACAAAAGGGCUGUGAACCACUCCAGUGGUAGGUCAGCACCUGGCACACGGAGAGAUAUAGUGCCUAAAUGCAAUGGGGGUCUUGUCAAAGUAAACUCUAAUCAGACAGUAGUUAAAGUGCCUACGACGCCCACGAGCCCAGUGAAAAACUGGGGCGGAUUCCGAAUUCCAAAGAAGGGGGAGAGGCAGCAGCAGGGCGAGAGCCCAGAGGAGACAUGCCGCCAGAACUCCAGCUACCCCUAUCUGGGUAUGGGCAGAGUUUCACCGAAGGACAGGGCAAAAAGCAAGCUAAAGCCUGACAGCGAGAAUGAUGGGUACGUCCCUGAUGCGGAAAUGAGCGACUCAGAAACUGAAGUGGCUGAAAAAAAAUGCAGACAGCAGAGGCUCAGUCCAAACAGCUCUAUCAGCAGGAGGACGGACAUUAUUAGGAGAAGCAUCCUGGCAUCCUGACGGGGCAGCGCGGCACCAUGGUCAGUAGAGUCACUGCCUACAAGCCAACUUCACUUUAUUUAUUGGUGUGAGAGGGGAGAGUUCUUAGACGUGACUACGGACUGACAAAUUGAUAACCCAUUAUUCCCAAGCUGUAUAAACAUGUUUACAUUCUCUUAAAGCUGGAUUUGUUUGCUCCCCAACUCAUUCUGUGACAAGUUUCUAUCUCCUUUAUUUGCAACCUUUCCGGGCAAGCAGAGAAAUGACAUCACUACUAAACCAGGAUUUGGUGAUGAACACUAAAGUAACUCACAGAAACAUUUAGGGGGCUAGGGUGGGUAGGGGGAAGUAGGCUGCAUUCAUCCCUAUUAGCAAAACAACACCGUUACAAUUCUCUUACCUUCCCCUGCUUUCCAGAAAAGCACAAGCUCUUAAUUUAACUAGUGUGUGUAUUGAAUCAAAGAUGGUUAUUUAUGUAACCAUAUUGCACUGCUACACCCCCUUACAAAUGGUCACUUGCCUUGGAUUGGUGGUAGGUCUUUGUCCUCCAUUUGCAGAAUGUUUUUGUUGCACUCUGAGAAUAGGUGGCAGCCAAAAACCCUCCGCAAGCUCCAGUCUAGGUACAACUGGGUCUGCGAGAUAACCAGACUUAACCGGGGUGUUACACUGGAGAAAAAGGAAGGGACAGGUCAGGGCUACAGCUGCCACACACUGCAACAGCUUCAAGGUACUCAGGCUGAGUGUGUGGCUUAGUUCUGAGAAAGGGGGGCAGGCUUGUGGGUUCCUGGGCCCUCUGGCAUAACCCGCAGCAUUUAGUCAGUCACCUGCCUCCUGGAAUACAUUGACAAUUUCAGAAAAAAUAUUCUAAGGCACUAGUCAUUAGGAUUUCCCAAAGCCCACCACGUAUGCACUAAUAAUGGUAUGUACUGGGAAAGCCAAGCUUAUGACACUAAAGGGUUACUUUAAAAUGGACAUAAAUAUAUAUUUUUAAAUAAAAUGGAAAGGCAAUAAAUUGUGAUUAGCUCUUUACAGUCAAAUGAAGAAAAAAGUAUUCUAUUCUGGACUAGAUUUGAUGGAAGAGGGAACUCAUGCAUACUUUUUUUUUUAAUAAUUGCAAAUGGCAAUAACUAGUAAGCUAUGAGCAAUAAUAUUAAUAUUUCAUUAUUGUACUUUUUUGUACUGAGUGCACAUGUAACUGGAUUGUUAGAAGCCUGUCAAAUUGGAAUUCUGCAUAGAUUUAAGUCAGGUAUGCAUUGGUUAAAAGGAAGUUUAAGCAGGCAAUGUGCUACAGAAAUACAGGCAUAAAGAACAAAAUCCCAUUAUUUUCCACUCCUAGCCUGCCAUUGCCACGUUCACUUACAUUUUAAUGUUAGACCCUUCCGUCUUGAGCAGGGAAAAUUUUAAAAUACAGUAGAACUCUGCCAUAAAUGAGUCUUCCAGAGGAUUCAAUCAAAAAAGGCUUAUUAACACCCCAUCUUGCUAUGCAAGUUACUGCUUACUUAAACAUUUCGACAGAAUGCGUCCCUAUCAUUUGUGUUUUAAAAGUUUUAAGUCUUGACCUUUUGAUACUUUUUGGGGUGAUGGUGAGAAAAGGAUAUUUUGUUUAACAUGGCAUACUUCUAAAAUACCAUUGCUGGACCCAAGAAGUUGGAUUGACCUCACGACGCACGUAGGUUAAAAUUAAACAGGGCACUGGUGAACAUGAAACUAUGUAGUUGCUCUUGGGAUGUGAUAAAAUGAAAGCAUUUACCUGAUCAAAAAGCAACCGACAGACGAAAGGUAAGUGCAGGUAGUUCUACUCGACAUACAGCAACAUUUUCAAGGCAGGCAUUGCUAUUUUCUGUAAGAAGCUCACGACCAUGUAAGGAAUUGUUUGUCAAGCCAUAGAUGGAAUAAUCUAAAUUCUGAUUCUAAGUAAACAGUUAACCUCACACCGAUUUGAGAGAGGUACCUUGUUAAUUUGCACUAUUAUGAAUGCUAACAUUGUGCAGAAUUAAUGCCUUACCUGUUCUGCUCCCUGAUGUUUAGGUUAAUAAGCUUUCUAACGUUUCAAGUUAUGCUGAACCAAAACCAAAAAAACUCUUUUCCCCCCACCCCAAUUACAAAAAGCUGUAAGAUGACUGCAGUGUGACCAGCUCUGUAGGAUAGUUUUGUCUCCCAUGCUUAGCGCUCAACAAAGAGGUGUCAUAAGCAGCAGUGAUAAUACAAACCCAUGCCCUCUGUUCUAUUGGGAUAGACCAUUUUCUUAAUUUCUGUUUCUGAGCAUUACCUUUCCUUGUGCAGACUGACCAAGAAAUCUUUGAUUAUGAUUGGUGUAUUAUGUCAAACUGUAGGCUAGUUGAACUUUUUGUAAAGUUGCCUGGAAUGCCAUUUGUUAGGUUACGAACUCACACAAAUCUAAAUGAAGGGUUAUACGUGUUGUGUACAAAUCUUAAUUUCAGAAAAUUGAAAAAUUUGUCAUUACAUUUGUAAAACCUUGUACAGAAGAUUUUUCACUAUGUGCCUAGCUUUGGUGUCCAUUCAGCUGAAAUUAAUUAAAAAAAGGUGCAUGAAGAGAAACAGAUAGAAAUAAAAAGUAUAUGUAGAGAUGACUAUUUUAUAUUACAUGGCCCAGUCCUGUAUUUAUUUUCCCCCUUUUUUGAAGUAUUUAUAAAGACCUAGUUGAAGACAGCUGUAUUUUUUGUUAAAAUAUUCAGUAGAAUUGUGCCUUUUUGUCUGUAUGUGAAUAAAUGCUGUACAUUUUUGC